GUCACCGUCAAGUGACUACUACGUCCUCUACUCCGGAGGCGUUCCCUUACCGGGCCGGUUUCAGUCCCUGCCUGUUUUUCAAGGUGCAAAACGUGCACACUGAGCUUGCCCCUGCGGGCACCCGAUUUCCCACACCGCCCCCAGACUCUACUGGAUGAGAACGGAGUUGAAGCCUGGGUUGUUUUACUGCCCACCACAUCCCGCUCUCCCUUGGUGGCUCGCGGGGGACGGCCAGCGGUAGCGUUCAAAGUGCUGUCUCCAGGGACGCCGCAGCCCCAAGGCCGGUUUGUCCCCCUGCCGUGUCCGGGGGAUUGGGGCUGGAGGAGGGGUGCGGGAGCGACGAGCCGCAGGGCACACCCGCGGGUCCCACGCCCCGCCGACUGCGCAUCCUGCGGCGCCGACCUCCGCGGGGGGGGGGGGGGGGGGGAAGGCGAGGCGCAGCGGCCGCCGAAGGCUUGGCACCGGCUGGGGCCCCGGGCGGCCGCCGCUCCCUCCGCCGCCCCACCUCUUGCCCGGCCCUCCCCGCCCCGCCCCACCGCCCGCCCGCAGGUGCAACCGCGGCGGCCGCCGAGUAGGUGCGUGGGGAUGAUCUCACUCGCGCGCUCCGCGCCAGGAGGAGGAGGAGCGGGAGCAGACCCAACUUCCGGGUAGUGCAGCCGCACGCCACCGGCAUCUUGCUUUUCCUCCCCCUCCCCCCCGCUGCACCCCUCGCCUCUCCCUCCUUUCCUUUAUUCUCGGCCCCACCUGCCAAAAUGAACAGCUCGGACGAGGAGAAGCAGCUGCAGCUCAUCACCAGCCUGAAGGAACAAGCCAUAGGCGAAUAUGAAGACCUCCGAGCCGAGAACCAGAAGACAAAGGAGAAGUGCGACAAAAUUAGGCAAGAACGAGAUGAAGCUGUUAAAAAACUGGAGGAAUUUCAGAAAAUUUCUCACAUGGUUAUAGAGGAAGUCAAUUUUAUGCAGAACCAUCUUGAAAUAGAGAAGACCUGUCGAGAAAGCGCCGAAGCUUUGGCAACAAAGCUAAAUAAAGAAAAUAAAACAUUGAAAAGAAUCAGCAUGUUGUACAUGGCCAAGCUGGGACCAGAUGUAAUAACUGAAGAGAUCAACAUCGAUGACGAAGAUGCCAGCACAGAUCCAGAGGGUGCCGCGGAGACUUGCGUCUCCAUACAGUGUCAGAAGCAGAUCAAAGAACUUCGAGAUCAAAUUGUAUCUGUUCAGGAAGAGAAGAAGAUAUUAGCCAUCGAAUUGGAAAAUCUCAAGAGCAAACUUGUAGAAGUAAUUGAAGAAGUAAAUAAAGUUAAACAAGAAAAAGAUGUUUUGAAUUCAGAAGUUCUCGAACAGAGAAGAGUCUUAGAAAAAUGCAAUAGAGUGUCCAUGCUGGCGGUAGAAGAGUAUGAAGAGAUGCAGGUUAACUUGCAACUGGAGAAGGACCUUCGAAAGAAGGCGGAGUCAUUUGCACAAGAGAUGUUCAUCGAACAGAACAAGCUCAAGAGACAGAGCCAUCUUCUGCUGCAGAGCUCUGCCCCCGACCAGCAGCUGUUGAAAGCUUUAGAAGAAAAUGCAAAACUUGUCCAGCAACUUGAAGAAGAGAGAAUUCAGCAUCAGAAAAAGGUGAAAGACUUAGAGGAGCAGCUAGAAAACGGAGCACUCCACAGAGAGAUACGCAACCUUAAACAGCAGCUGGGGCUUCUGGAAGAAGAUAAAAAGGAAUUGGAAUUGAAAUACCAAAAUUCUGAGGAGAAAGCCAGAGAUUUAAAGCAUUCCGUUGACGAGCUCCAGAAGCGGGUGAACCAGUCCGAGAAUUCGGUACCUCCUCCGCCGCCGCCUCCACCGCCGCUUCCCCCUCCUCCUCCCAACCCCAUCCGAUCCCUCAUGUCCAUGAUCCGGAAGCGAUCCCAUCCCAGCGGCAGUAGUGCUAAGAAAGAAAAAGCAGCUCAACCAGAAACAACCGAAGAAGUCACGGAUCUGAAGAGGCAAGCCGUCGAAGAGAUGAUGGAUAGAAUUAAAAAGGGAGUUCAUCUUAGGCCAGUGAAUCAGACAGCUAGACCCAAGGCAAAGCCAGAAUCUUCAAAAGGCUCUGAGAGUGCAGUGAAUGAGCUAAAAGGAAUACUGGGGACACUUAACAAAUCCACUAGUUCAAGAAGCUUAAAAUCCCUUGCCACUGAAAACAGUGAGACUGAGUUAGAGAGGAUUUUGCGUCGCAGAAAGGUGACAGCAGAAGCAGAUAGCAGUAGUCCAACCGGGAUAUUAGCCACCUCAGAGUCCAAAUCCAUGCCAGUGUUGGGUUCUGUAUCCAGUGUAACAAAAACAGCCUUGAACAAGAAAACUCUGGAGGCAGAAUUCAACAGUCCGUCCCCCCCAACACCUGAGCCAGGUGAAGGCUCGUGUAAAUUGGAAGGAUGUACAAGUUCCAAGGUCACAUUUCAGCCUCCCAGUAACGCCGGAUGCAGGAGCCAGUGCUUUGGCAAAGAGCAACAAGCUGGACCUGUUGUAGUUUUAGAUCCUGUUUCCACCCACGAACCCCAAACCAAAGACCAGCUCACCGAAAAAGAUUCAACUCCACGCAAGGAUGACGAAGGCAAAAUGAAACCAGAAUACAAAGAAGACAGCAUGGAAAAAAUGAGAGACACAGACAGCUCUCACUGCUGAUGAGAAAGCCGACUCGUGUACCAGCCCUUUUCGCCGAGUAGUGAUCAGUUCCGGCGUAUUGGCAAGGGGGCUGCCGAUAUUCUGUUCUUGUCACUGGACUCACGGUACAGGUUCUAUUCUGGUGUCACUUUUGUAAGUAAUUUACCUAUAAACAUAAGUAAGUUGUUUAGCAAAAUACACAUCCUAUGUAGGUUUUAUUUUUCUGUAUAGGGAUAAGCUGUUUUGUUUUUGUUUUUCCAAUUAGUGUAUUAAGUGUGACUUCUUCUAGAAGGUUACAAAAAAUUCAGACGUUUGUCUUUUUAGCUAACGUGCAAACCAUUGAACAAACGUAAUACUGAAAGUUCGCGGCUCUAUGGAUAAAUGGAGAAACAGAACUGACCAACUGAAGAGGAUUUGAAAAGUCCCCAAAGAAGCUUCUGUUUGGGGUCUGAUCUUCUUUUGAUAGAGAAACUGCAGUAGCAUGGAAAUUGUUAGGCACGUGGCAUACAGAUCACUUUCUAGCCUAUCCCGAGGUAAAGCAUAAAAUUCAGGAGCUGCAGGUGCCAAGCCAGUACUCCCAUAGUCCGUGCUCCUUGCACACACUGUCAGCUAUGGAACAGAAAAUCCGUGUGUAUUUUCACCGUGUUCAGGGCCUCCCAAGGACGUCGGUGGGAAUGCUCUGGUGGCCUGAAUGAAGAAUGGAGGGGAAAGUCUCAGCCUUGGAUUUAAUAGAGUAUUAUCUUGGUAAACAGUGUGCUCCAUGCUAGGAGUUAACUGUUUUCUCACGUACGAACGUGGCACCAGUGCCGUGGUUUAUCGCGAUUCUUAUGUACAGUCAAGAUAAGUGACAAGCACACUAUUUUCCUCCUUCACUGCUGUUCCACAUUAUGCAGGUUUGUUGUAUGUGUGUGCGUGUUUUUUUAAAGAAAUUAAGUGGUAGUUAGUCUCUAAAAAUACAAUGUUUCAGUCUACCACGGUGAAUAAAUAGAAAUGUAAUCAGGGAUUUUUAAAAAAAAAAAAACUUAUACAGCUUUUCAAAGUUGAUUGUUUCAAAAUUGGUGUUUAUUUAAAAUAAGUGGUAAGGUACUUGAAUGCAUUUUUUAUGACAAUGAUUCAGUAAUGGUAAUUUUACUAUUAAAGAACGUGAAAGGUUUAGUUUUGUUAGCGCGGCUCAGCAUGUAGCUGUCAGGUGUUUCUCACCUAAGGGCAGAAGAAAAUGAUAGUAAUAAUUGCAGUAGUUGUAUUUUAUUUUUGCACGUGUGCUAAGCAUAGGCUUGAAGAGGUGGGUAGGCAGGUAAAUAAAUGUACUUCCUGAAUUUGGGGAUAAUUCUCCUUCUGUAGGUUUGUUAUGCUUGACUGUUUCCAUGUUCUUCCAGUGAUGAUUUUCCAGUUACUUAUUGGUUUACUCACGGGGAAUUAAAAUGUAAUGUUUUUCGGCUAUAACGUUCCUAACUGAAUACUAUUCUGUAUGAUCCACUGACUACAAACUGCGUUAACACUUACACAAGUUCUGUUAUGCUGUGAUUUGAAGUCUCCUCAUCACACUUAUUAAAAAGCACUGACAGUUUCCCAUUAAA